AUGGUGCCUCGUGCCCAGAAAACAACGAGCGGGACCCCGGGUGGUUCGGGUACCCCUGGACCGGAGGAGGGACCGCAAGUAAGUCCAGGCGGGACUUAUGGCCUCGAAGAUGUUGUAGUCGGAUGCAAAGCUUUCGUGCAGAAGCCUGAUGUCGUUACGGGAGAGAUGGAAGAACGUAAAGCCGAGAUAUUGUCCAUCCGUGAAAAGCCAAAGCCUCGACUCACCAAGAAGCAGCAAGCUGAGAUGGCGGAUAAGCCGGCUCCGACAUUGGAAGAGAAGCUCGAAUACUACGUUCACUACUGCGAGUUCAACAAGCGUCUCGACGAGUGGGUCAGUGGUACUCGUUUGAUCACAUCUCGCGAGUUGGAAUGGCCAAAGAAGGAGCCAGUCAACGAUAAAACCAAGCGCAAGGUGGUAAGAACAGGCAGUGGCACGACCACACCAUCCACACCACUCACACCCACCGGCAAAGGCAAUCGUGGCGCAGGCGCCAGUAAUCUGCUCAAGAAAGCAGCCGCGCAAGCUGCGAAGAAUGUGGAGGCCGGACUCAAGACACCGCAGAAGCGCAAAGCCGACUCUGGAGACACUUCAACGGCGCAGAGAACACGUGCCGACUCCGUGGAUGCAGACGCUGACGGCGAGGAUGACGAAGAUGGUGCAGUGGUUGCCAUGGAGAUGCUCGGAGGUAACGAUCAGCAGGAACGAGACGAUGUGGCCACAGAGAGAAACGGCGGUCUCACCGCCUCACUCAACGCCAACCAGGGCCAGGAGACUUUCAGCAAGCAGCAAGAGAUCGAGAAGCUCCGCACAUCGGGCUCCAUGACACAGUCCGUUUCCGAAGUUGCUCGGGUCAAGAACCUCAACAAGAUUCAGAUGGGCAAGUCCGAGGUCGAGACGUGGUACUUCAGUCCCUACCCGCUCGAAUACGCACACAUCGACACGCUGUACAUCUGCGAGAUGUGCCUGUCUUACUUCCCUUCGCCCUUCACACUCAAGCGCCACCGAAGUAAGUGCACGCUCACACAUCCACCUGGCAACGAGAUCUACCGACACGAGGACAUUUCUUUCUUCGAGAUCGACGGUCGCCGUCAGAAGACGUGGUGCCGCAACUUGUGCUUGCUUAGCAAGUGCUUCCUCGACCACAAGACGCUCUACUACGAUGUCGAUCCUUUCCUGUACUACUGCAUGGUCAAGCGCGAUGACUUGGGCUGCCACCUCCUGGGCUACUUUUCGAAAGAAAAGGAAUCGGCAGAGAACUACAACGUCGCAUGUAUUUUGACGCUGCCACAGCAUCAGCGUGCAGGCUACGGCAAGCUCCUCAUCGAAUUCUCUUACGAGCUCACGAAACGUGAAAACAAGCUCGGCAGUCCCGAGAAACCGCUCUCCGACUUGGGUCUGCUCAGUUAUCGAGCUUACUGGGCCGAGAUCAUUGUUGAUUCGCUGCUCAAGACCGAAGAGGACAUAAGCAUCGAAGAGAUCGCCCAAAAAACGGCCUUCACCCACGCCGAUGUCCUACACACCUGCAUGGCGCUCAACAUGCUCAAGCAGUACCAAGGCAAACACUAUCUCGUGCUAUCUGAUGCAGUGAUUGCCAAACACGACAAGACAGCCAAGAAGAAGCGCAGGCGCAUCAACCCCGACAAACUCAACUGGACUCCGCCCGUUUUCUCUCGCCAGCAGCUUCAAUUCGGAUGGUAA